AUGGCUGGUCUAUUCCGCCUCCUGAAGAUGCAAUACACACCUCCCACCGACCCGUGUGUCUCCCUCGCCGGGAAAACUGUUUUAUUGACAGGUGCUACCUCUGGUCUCGGCUAUGAGGCCGCGCUCAAGUUCCUCAACUUGGGAGUGGAUUCCCUGAUUAUUGGCAGUCGCAGCUUAGAACGGGGCCAUCAGACGAAGACCGAGCUGGAGCAACGGACCAACCGACCCGACGCCAUCCAGGUUUGGGAACUGGAGAUGAGCAGCUUCGAAAGCGUGCGGCGUUUUGCCCACCGCGCCAAUCAGGAGCUCCCCCGACUUGAUGUCGCUCUAUUGAACGCCGGUCUAUGGAACCGUGAGUAUAUCAAGUCACCCGAGAACUGGGAAGAGACGCUGCAGGUCAACACGCUGUCCACGUCACUGCUGGCCUUGCUGCUGCUGCCAAAGUUGCGAGCGAGCUCGACCGACGCUGAUCCCACUCACUUGAGCGUUGUCUCCAGCCAGCAAUUUGUGCGCGUCAAGGCCGAGAGUCUACGGACGGAGGGGCCCUUGCUCGACUAUCUGAACUCUCCAGAUCGGUUCCACGGCCCGAAGCAAUAUGGCAUUUCGAAGCUUCUCCUGGAGUACGUGAUCAAGAAAAUGGCGGCGUUGAUGUAUAAUGAGAAUGGCACCGUCCCGGUCAUUGUCAACACCAUCAGCCCGGGUCUCUGUCGGUCCUCGCUGGGGCGACAAUAUGACCGUUUCUACGAGCGGUGGGCUGUCUGGCUGAUGUACAUGCUCUUCGCGCGCACGACCGAACAAGGCAGUCGGUCGUUGGUCAGCGCAACGCUUCAGGGUGUCGAGUCGCAGGGCAAAUGCUGGCGGAGUGAUGGGUACCUCGAUGAAUCCAUGGCGCUAACCACUGGUCCGGACGGGAGCCAAUUUCAAGCCAAAGCAUGGAAGGAGAUUACGGAAGUGCUUAUAGCACAGGCAGCCGAAGUACGCGCUAUCGUCGAGGGCGCAUAG